AUGAUGGGCUACUAUGUGUUCAUAGGUUGGAAGACUCCAAGAACACAUUCCUUGAUGCGUGAAACUGAUGAACGAGAACCGUUUCUUGUUUCUAAGAAUGGAGAUUCAAAGAUGCUUAGCGUUGUCCCAGAGAAGCCAAAGAAACAACUGAAGAAGAUGAUGACAACAAAGCAAGUGACAGAGUACGUUGAUAUUCUUGAAAUCUUGAGAAAAGAAGAUGUUUUCGUCAAGAUACUGAAAGAUCCGAACUCAGAGUUCGGGAAGCAAGUGGAGAUCAAGUCUAAUCCAAGAUUCUUGCCCAAGUCAGGCUCCUUUCCUCUCUCACGUUCUUCACGUCCCACUAAGAUUGAACACAAGCAGAAGGAGAAUUGGUAUGCUCCAAAGAAGAACGGUGCCGUUUUGACUUUGAAUGUUCCAAAAGACACUUCUUCUCAGGGACAAAAACCAAUCUUACCACCUUCUCAUGGCUCAGCUGAUGAUCAUGGAUUUAAUCACGCGGUGAUACAUGGAUUUAGAGAAAUCAAGAAGUUGCUCAAGAACGUGCUUAAAGACCGGAAGCACACGAAGACAAAGAAUAACAAGUAUUUGGCUGUCCCAAAAGAUGAUGAUGUGGGGAGAUAUUCUCGUCUCUUGGAGCAGAGUUUUAGAAGAGAAGGUGGUGAUUUACGUUCCAAGAGCUUGAAACUUUCGUACGAAGAUAGAAAGAGCGACUCGAGAGACAAUAAUAAACCACAAUUCUUCAGACGGAUUUCGUCCUUGUCCAGCCUUGAAGUUCUUGGUUCAUUCCUCAGUGAACUCCCCCGAGACAGUUCUACUAGGGAAUCCGUAGAUCAUGAUACUAACUUGGGAUCCAAGAAAUCUUUAUUGUUAUCUGAAUCUCUGGUAAGAACAGAGAAGGAAGAAGAAAAAUAUGAGGAGCAAGUAGAGAGAAGCCAAGACAAACACUUAGACAGCCCAAAACAAGAUCCAGAUUCUGCUCAUAGUACCAGUUAUCCGGACAAUACUGCAAAAAAGACAGAGACUCUACUCUCACAAGGUAAGCUCUUGGAAGAACUACUUCAACCUUUGAUGAGAGAAAGAUAUGCAAAUCUCUGCUCUAAGGAUGCUUGUUGUACAGGUUUAGGUCUAAACUCAUUGGACAAUCACAACCAUGAAGAAGAAGAUGAAGAUGUUUACUUCUGUUAUGUAAAGAGACUUCUAGAAGUUUCAGGUUUCCUCAAAAGCAAUGACAACGGAGAAAAAUGGUACUCAGAGGACCAACCACUGAAUCCAUCACUGCUCUACGAACUAAACAUACAAGAAGAAGAAGAAGAAGAAGAGCUGAGCAAAGAGCUUCUGUUUGAUUUGGUUAACGAAGCGAUCACCGAGACUCACAACCAAUCAGAAGUAUAUUUCCCUAAAACAUUAUCUUUUGCAUACCCAAAUGGGAAACAUUUUCUUGAUGAGGUAUGGAGAAGAGUAGAGUGGAGCCUAUCUGGGUUAGGAGCAGAGAAUAAAGAUCGUUCAUUGGACGAUAUCGUGGGAAGAGAUCUUACAAAGGUUGAUGGAUGGAUGAAUCUACGAGGUGAAUCAGAGUGGCUGACUCUUGAGCUUGAAGAUAUGAUUUUUGAUGAAGUUUUAGAUGAAAUACUUUGUGUUUGUUAG